AUGUCCAGCACUGAGAUUCCCAAGACCCAAAAGGCCAUUGUGUUCUACACCAACGGCGGCAAGCUCGAGUACAAGGACAUCGCCGUUCCUGAACCAAAGCCCAACGAGUUGCUCGUCAACAUCAAGUACUCGGGCGUGUGUCACACCGACUUGCACGCCUGGAAAGGCGACUGGCCUCUACCAGUGAAACUCCCACUUGUGGGUGGCCACGAAGGUGCAGGCGUGGUGGUGGGCAUGGGGAGUAACGUCAAGGGCUGGAAAAUCGGCGAUCUCGCCGGUGUCAAGUGGCUAAACGGCUCGUGCAUGAGUUGCGAAUCCUGCGAGCUUGGUAACGAGUCCAACUGUCCCGAAGCAGACCUCUCAGGCUACACCCAUGAUGGCUCGUUCCAACAGUACUGUACGGCUGACGCCGUGCAAGCAGCCAAGAUCCCCAAGGGCACGGACUUGGCCGAGGUUUCUCCCAUACUGUGUGCAGGCAUCACCGUGUACAAGGCGUUGAAAUCUGCGAACUUGAAGGCCGGCCAGUGGGUGGCCGUGUCGGGCGCUUGCGGUGGGCUGGGCUCGCUCGCAGUGCAGUUUGCUCGCGGAAUGGGCUACCGCGUGCUCGGCAUCGACGGCGGUGCCGAUAAGGAGGAGUUGUUCACCAAACUGGGCGGUGAAGUGUUUGUCGAUUUCCGCAAGUCCAAGAACAUCGUCGAGGACGUGUUGCAAGCCACUGGUGGCGGUGCGCAGGGUGUGAUCAACGUCUCGGUUUCGGAAGCUGCUAUCGAGUCGUCCACUCAAUACGUCAGGGCCAACGGUACAGUCGUGCUCGUGGGAUUGCCAGGCGGUGCCAAGUGCAAGUCCGACGUGUUCACGCAAGUGGUCAAGUCCACGAAGAUCGUGGGCUCUUACGUCGGAAACCGUGCCGACACUCGCGAGGCGCUCGAUUUCUUUGCCCGUGGCUUGGUCAAAUCGCCCAUCAAGGUGGCUGGGCUCUCUGAGCUGCCCGAGAUCUUCGAAAAGAUGGAAAAGGGCGAAGUGCUCGGCAGAUAUGUCGUUGACACUGCCAAAUAA